GCAACAAACCUGCAAAAAGUCACGGUCGCGAGUAAUUCUGAAAUACAAAAAAGUAAAUCAACCCUCAUUGUUUUCGAAACUACUUGCACUACAAAGAGUCUGUGGGACACAGCAGAUAUUCUUUGAUUGUGAACGAUCAGAGUAGAUAUUCUACUGUAACAAUAAAAUGGCGGGUCUUGAGAUUGUCAUCGACGAGUUGCCAGAGGAGGAGACUGAGGCAUUUGGAUUUGCGUCGCUUGGAAAAGAUGCGACUGUUAGUCUGGAGAAUCCGCUCGUUGAGCCGGAGUACUCGUCUAAAUUACUCGCGAUCGCCAACGGACGCGGGGUGUUUGCCGUUGCUGUCGCUUCCGGAUUCAUUAUCGGCGACGUCAAGUCCAUGCGCGCGAAAUUCCUCGAAUCAAACAAGACAUAUACCGCGCCUACCGUCCCGAUCUCAAAAAAACUCAAGCAUAUCAUAUUCACUUCGAGCGAAGAGUUCGUCAUCGCCGUCGACGUCGAGGGUUCGAUAGCUUGCUACGCCGUCGACGAGGUGCAGACGACUCCUGGCGCGGCACCGGUGUGGUCUACCACCGGUCCGGAGAUCAUUGACGUCAAGGCUAGUCCGGGGAUUGGCUCUGCUGUGGCUGCUUUGACGGCUGAGAAUUCGAUUUAUCUGAUUGAUCUACAGCAGAAGCAGAAGCAGAAGAUUGGUGAUGGAGCAUCCACGAGCUUUGAUUGGACGGUCGACGGAAGUGGUCUGGUAAUUGGCUCAAAAGAGGGCGAGCUGGUUCUUUACGACUUGCAAGGCAAAGCACAAGCUACGAUUCCCCAUCCCGGCGAUGACGUCCCGCAAAAAUACGUGUCGAUGGUGUCCUGCAUCAAACCUGAUCAAUUCCUAGUAAUCUACGCCAACCCACCCGCUCCCGACGAGCACGAGUACAGCUACUUCACCGUCACAAAAUCAGCUACUUCAACCACAUUCUCAAAGAUCAUCGAACUAUGCCCCCCCUUCGGCUUGACCUCGCGCAAAGGAUGGUGGUACUCCAUCCUCCUCAACAACUGGGCCCCCGAGCUCGCGCACAUCCUCAUCCUCGCCGCGACCCCCUCAAUUGAUCUCUCGCUGCUCACUCCCGAGCACUCAUUCUUCCUCGUCGACGACACAAAACGCGCGACCUUACCCCUUUUCGAUUCCGCAGACACCUCGCCCGCCGGCCUCGCGCUCGAUCUCACCGCAGCCGACAAAAUCCACGCGCCGCUGCCGUCGAUUGACGAAUGUGCGCCGCAGCCGAUGGUGUGGUUGUUGAAUAACCAGGGCCAGCUCAAGAUCUGGAAUUUGAUGUGGUAUGAUGGGAUCAAGGCGGGAAAAGCGGGGGUUGAGGGGGUUAUGGAAAUGUGCGAGGAGCAGAUAAAGCAAGCAAAGAACGCAGCGCCGCUUUCGCUAGCAGUCGAGCAACAGCCGACAGCGACUGACGAGGGAGACGUGAACUCGACAACGACGUCGCCGCUGGGAAGCGAGUAUGUUGAUGUCAGCAAGCCUGGAUCUGAAGACGAAAAGACUCCCGCGGAAAACUCCCCCGUGCUCGAGAACCCUGCUCCAGCACCAGCCGACAGUGAAAAGAGCCCAGCCGCCGCAGAACCAGAAUCAAAGCCUAAAGAUACAACCCCAGUCCCCGCCGCGAGCGAAACCACAGAAAAAUCACCAGCGCCGGCGUUAAAUCCGCCCAAAUUCACGUUCCAAUCAACAACCACGACGACGACGCCGGCGACAACAACAACUACAAGCAAAGCCGAGACUAGCCUCUCGUCGCUGUUUAACGCGACAAAGAUCGGAGCCGACGAAAAGAAAACACCGAGUUCCUCGCCAUCGCUGGGCUCGGCGCAGUUCAAAAGCACGCCGUCGCCGGGGUUGGCUGGCUUAGCGGCCGCGGCUUCGGAGUCGCCCAAGUCUUCUUUGUUUUCGAGGUACGCGGAUGCACCCCCUCUUGGCGCUGGAUCAUCUACGACGUCGUCGGGGGCAAGCACGCCAGCGUUCGGACAGGGUGCACCAGCAUUUGGCCAGUCAGGAUUCGGCCAACCUUCACCCUUCGGCCAACUCAUGACCGGCGGCGGCAGCGCGCCUGCGUUCGGCCAGGCCUCGACGAUAGGCCAUGUCUCCUCCUCCUCCUCCUCCACGCCUGGGUUCGGCCAGUCCUCUGGAUUCGGACAGAAGCCGGCGGCGAGUAUUCCCGGGUUCGGAGCGAGUCCGUUCGGACAGGUUGGCGGGAGCACGUUCGGUAGCGGGUCGCCGUCGCCGUUUAGUGCGGCGGCGGGGAGUGCGUUUAGUCAGUAUGCGAGCGAGAAUAAUCCGCUGGCGAGUUUGGCGAAGAGUAAAGAUAAGGCUGAGAAGGAAGAUGCAGCAGGGGAGGGUGAAGACGCAGCGACGACGAAAGAAGAGAGUGCGGUGAAGGAAACUGCGCAGCCGAAUCUGUUUAGCAUCAAAGGCGCGGCGGCGACUUCGACUUCCACUCCAUCUUCGACCGCGCCGGUGUUCAACUUCAACAAGCCAGCAGAGGCAUCAUCAUCAUCAUCAUCGACGCCAAAGACUCUACCAUCAUUCAAAGCCCGCACUCCAGCAUCAUCCGCAAAGAAGAUCGGAAAGGAGAAAGCAGGGAACCAGUCACCUGGCGCGAAGAGACCUGGGGUUGCGCAAAAGCAGGGAUGGGUUCAUGAUGAGAGCGAGGAUGAGGAUGAGAGCGAGGAUCCUGAUUAUGAGUAUGAGAGUCAGGAUGAUGUUGAGGAGGAAUCUGGGGAUGAUGAUGAUGAGGUGGAGUAUGAGGAUGAGGAUUAUGACGACGAGGAGGAGGCUGACGAGGAAGAUGAUGUGGAUGAGGAAGAGGGGGAAGAGGAAGAAGAGGAGGAGGACGCGCUAGCUGCGACCAUGAAGAAGACCACAAUCGCCCCCGCGAAAUUUACAGGAUUCGGCACACCAACGGUGCCGACGCCCGCCAAAGCACCGGGCCAGACCGCGACAAAAGAGCUGUCAUCAGAGAAGGCGACUUCCUCGACUCCGGCCGUUUUUUCGUUUGGAAAGACAGCAGAGGCGGUGGCGGCUAAACCCACUCUGUUUUCUUCGUCUACUCAACCACCGGCUGUAAACGCAAGUACUGCAACAGAAGCAGACCCAUCUGAGACUAAACCAACUCCCAGUCUAUUCCCUUCAUUGUCCUCUCAGUCUGCGGCCACGAAAGCAACCUCCGGCGCACAGAGUACUUCGCUGCCCUCGCCAUUCUCGAUUCUCAAACCGGCUGGAGGAGAGGAGAAUACUAUCGAUCUGAAGAAGACCGAUGAGACGAAGAAGGAAGAAAUCGCGCCGAAGUUGCCUGGCUUUUCGAAUCUUUCUCUAGCUCAGAGAUCUGCGACGACAUCGGUCAUGAAGGAUGCGUCGACGAGUCCGAUUCUGCCGUCAGCAGAUGAGGAGGAAGAGGAAGAGGAAGAGGAGGAGGAAGAGCCCGAGCCAGAACCGGUGCGCGAGAGUAUACCGAUCGUGCCGGAGUUUGUGGGUAUGCACACCCGCCCGCUGACGGACGAAGAAGAAGACAACGCGGGAAUGACGCGUGCGUUUGAGACCGUGUACGCGGAUACCGAGUAUGAACUCGACAUUGUGCGUCAGAACGCGGAAAACCUGGCGACGUAUGUGCGUGCGCACUCCGAGACUGCUCCGGCUGAGGACGAGGAGGAGGAGAAGACGGUCGAGGAUCUGGCGAAUGCGGAGGAGUGGCGGAUGGGCGAGUGUGGUGCGAUUACGGCGAUGCUUGACGACGCGCUUGCGAAAGUGCGGGCGGAGAAUGAGAGUUUUCUGGAGAGCGAGCGGACGCUUUAUAAAGUUGCUACCGGUCUUAUCAAGCUCGACAAGCGAAUGCUGGUUGCAAAGGAAGUCACCCAGCAACGGUCGGAUGAGAAAUACCUCGCCCGGCUCAAACCCCGCGCGCUGCCUCCCGACGCGCAAGAUCUGCAGCGCCAGAUCCGUCAGAAAAUGCGGACAGUCUACACCUCCCUCGAGAGCCUAGAGAAAUCAAACACCGAGGCAAAGUCCAAGCUAAGCUUUGCGACCGCGCCGGGCUCGCCAAAGUCGAUUAGCAGCGGUGUCGUGAGCGGGCAGCCGUCGAUCGAGGGCGUGCAAAAGUCGAUUCAGAGGAUCACAAAGUACGCGCAGAGGCGGGCGCAGGAGGUUUCCACUGUGCAGAGGGAGUUUUCGCGGUUGACGAUCGAGGGCAGCGCGACUGCGAACGCAGCGGGCGAGAACUGGGUGGGUUUCUCGAGUCCUAGUCGGUCGUCGCCUACCCCUGCUGCGCCGUCUACGCCGCUUUUGCAUCUUAAGCUGAGCACGCCCGUGCGGGAAGUAAUGGAUGCUGCGGGGGGAAGUACACGGCGCCAGAGCAUGUGGCUGUCGACGCCGGGGUCGGAGUCGCGCGGGGCGAAGGAGUCGCCGGCGAAAGUGGCGGUUGAUCAGGAGAUGGUGGAUGAGUUUACGGCGCGCAAGAGGCUGCGGAAGAGGUUGCGCAAGAUACUGGAGCAGAGAAGUGAGGAGACUUUGUUUACGAACGAGUAGGUCAGGUACAUGCCCUAUGACUGGAUUUAUUGCUAUCAUAGCCCACGACUAUCAAUAGAUUUAUCAUCAUCAUCAUCAUCAUCAUCAUC